AUGGCUCCCCAAAGAGAGCUCGCUAGAGCAAUGAAGCGACUCGGAGACGAGCUGAAGGAAAACGAUAAUGUCGAAAAUGACACAUUCCUAUACCUACGUCCCGUCGAUGACGACGACCUACUACGCUGGGAAGCUGUAUUGAAAGGUCCUAAUGGAUCGCCAUAUGAGGGUGGACUUUGGCACCUUAAUAUCAAAAUACCCCCGACAUACCCUUACGCGCCGCCGACCAUCCAUUUCACGACUAAGAUCGUGCACCCCAAUAUCGACUUCGAUACGGGCGAGAUCUGUCUGUCCCUCUUGAAGGAUCAAUGGAGUCCGGCUAGAACUCUCCAGACCACACUGGCGGCUAUUCAGUGGCUGUUGACGGAUCCGAAUCCGGAUUCGCCGCUGAAUGUUGACAUCGCGGUUCUACUACGCAAAGGGGAUACGGUUGGUUUUGAGAGUAUUGUCCGGUACUUGGCCGAGGAGCAGCGGUGGGAGGAAGGCCGGAAUCCUGUACGGUGA